GCUCUAACCUGAUCUAGCUGAUUGGCCCCAGCUGAAGAUUAAAAUAGACACUGAGCUAAGUCAGCCUGGGCAGGAUUUGACCUGGAGAUCCCUCAGACCGGGCUUGUUCCCGGUCCCGGCAGUUACAUGGGAACACCCUGUCCUCCUGUGGGCUGGGAUCACCUCCUAAACGAGCAGCGAGGGUGCUGAGCUCUGCCAUACCGCAUAUGCAGCAGCACUGAGCUUGGGUAUUGCCGAUCAACCCCACAGCUCUUCCUCCAGCUGGGCUCAAAAACACCUGGGAAAAAGAUGGAAGAAAGGGUUUGGUUUUUUUUUUUCCCCUGUAAUUUUGUGUUUUGGCUGCACAGAGAUGCUGACAAGGGGCAGGGAGAGAGCGGAGGCAUCCAUAAGCUGUUCUUGCUGCUGAAUGCUCCCCACUGUCAACUCAUUAUUUGAGACUCGGAGGUCAUGGGUCAGGAUGAGGAACUUCUCCCUCUUCUCUUUAGCAGCAAACUUUUGAAGACCUUGAAACACUGUGGAGUGACUCAGGUUUCAGAGGGGUGUUGCAAAACUGUGUUUCACGCAGGAAACAGCCUGAAAUUCCCCUUUCUCCGCCCCCUCCUUCAUUUUACAUCCUUUACAAGGCUGCACUUUCCAGACAAGACCUCCCAGUUCAGAUAGCAAAGGCUAAUCUAGAAGGAAAUUCCCAGCUGCUGCCAAAAGAAAAAAAAAUUCAAAAAAAAAUUCAAUGAAGCGAAAGUAAUCGUGUCACUCUUCUUCAGCCAUGGCCGAGUGCAACCCACUGGAGAGUCUGCAGAAAGAAGCAUCUUGCUCCAUCUGCCUGGAUUAUUUCAGUGACCCUGUGUCCAUCAACUGCGGACACAGCUUCUGCCGGGACUGCAUCACGCGAUGCUCAGGAAAAUCCGACCAGAGGUUCGCCUGCCCCCAAUGCCGAGGAAUUGCCCAGAAAAGAAAAUUUAGACCAAACCGUGAGCUGAGGAACCUGGCGGAGAUCGCCAAGAAGCUGAGCAUGCAGGCAGGGUAUGUGGCCGGAGCAGGCAACGUGUGCCCAAAGCAUCAGGAACCGCUCAAGCUCUUCUGCCAGGAGGACCGGACGGCCAUCUGCGUGGUGUGCGACCGCUCCCACGCUCACCGCGCUCACACCGUUGCCCCCAUCGAAGAAGCCGCCCAGGAGUGCAAAGAGCAAAUCCAAAGCAAGCUGAAGAGCCUCAAGGAUGAAAGAGAAAGGCUCCAAGGACUAAAACUGACUGAGGAGAAGAGAAGCCGAAAGUAUCUGCAGCAGACAAGAGCCGAGAGGUGGAAAAUCACGUCAGUGUUUAAGCAGCUGCACCAGUUCCAGAACGAGCAAGAGCGUCUCCUCCUGAUGUGGCUGGAGGACACGGAGAAGCAGAUAGUGCAGACCCAGACAGAGAACGACAGGAAGAUCUCCAUGGAGAUCUCCCACCUGGGCAACGUCAUUCAGGAGCUGGAAAGGAUGAGCCCACAGCCAGAGAAUAAAUCCCUGCAGGAUGCCAAGAGUGCCUUGACCAGGUGUGAAGCAAGGACCUUCCAGCAACUGACAGAGAAGUUCCCCAGAGUGGAAAAGAGACUCAAGGAUUUAUCUCAGAAAAACAUCAUUCUGAAGGAAGCCCUGAGAAAAUUCAAAGAGAGUCUCCCAGUUGAACUGGAUGUGCAAUGGGCAAACGUGACUCUGGAUCCAGACACAGCAAACCCCCACCUCAUCCUCUCCGAGGACCGGAGGAGCGUAAAGUGGGAUGAAACACCCCAGAAUUUGCCCAACAGUCCCCAGAGAUUUGAUACCUACUGCUCCGUGUUGGGUUGUGAAGGCUUCACAGUGGGGAGGCACUACUGGGAAGUGCAGCUGGGGAGCAGGGGAUUUUGGGCUGUGGGAGUGGCCAGAGACUCGGCAUGGAGAAAGGGUUGGAUUAACCUCGACCCUUCCCAGGGGAUUUGGGCUGUUGGCAUCUGUGGGGACAGGUUUCAAGCUUUCACCUCCUUCGAAACUGUUCAGCCUCUGAAUGGGAGGCCAAGGACUAUCCGUGUCUCUCUGGAUUACGAGAAGGGACACGUGGCUUUCUUCGAUGCUGAUAACGAGACCUUGGCUUUUGCUUUUCCUCCAACUUCUUUCAAUGGAGAGAAAAUCCUGCCUUUCUUCUGGGUUUGGGAGUCCAAGAUCCAGCUGGUUCCCUGAAACAGUAUGGGCAGCAAGAUGGACAUUACAUGCUCUGGACAAGCCUUUGGUUUGAUCCAGGAAACCACACUAUAUUUCAGAACUCUGUGGAUGGUAAAGAAUAAAGUGGAGCAAAUGAG